UUCGACAAUGCUUCAUUGUUUAUUUGGUUCUCAGUAAUCGGGACGGAGUGAGUGCUCUCCUCUGUAUACUCGGUCUUAACGAUCUAAUUUCUAUGCCGCUCAUUCACUCGGCAACGCGGAACCGCCACCUCAGGGGGUUGCCAUGACAACGGGGAAACGAUUCCGGCGCAUUCUCCGUAGUCCCCUGUUGGUUACCAAAGCAACCGACACACAAAUCCAGGAAAACAUCCGGUAAAGACCUUGGAUCGAACGUGGAAGUCGAAAUCGAACGUUGUUGUUUUUUUUGUGUGUUUUUUUUUUGGAAUCACCAGGAUCCAAGGACAUCCACUUCACAAAAACAACAACAACAAACAAAACAUGACGACCUCAUCUCCUCCUUUCUUAGAGAGCAAAGACCCCCGUCUGAAACUCAACGUGCACAACAGAAUACGCAACGUUUUUGUGACACAGGCAGAGGACACAACAAGACCUGAACAGGACAGAGAUGUCAAUCACAUACCAGUUGUUACAGAGACUUCCAGCAGACUCCUUGAGGCAGGAGUGAACACUUUGCAAAAGACCCUUGUUUUGAAGAAACGGGCAGAGUUGGAGGAGGUGGACGAGCUUCUUGCCCUCAGACGGCAGGAGUUCAAGAGCUGCGUGGCUGAUUUAACUCAGAGGAAAUCUGAACUGGAGAUAAAAUACCAGCAGACAAAAGAAAGGGCGAUGAAAUUCGAGAGGUUCGUGUCUGAAAAUGAAAUGAAGCGACAGAGAGCGAUGACGAAGUACGAAGCCGCGCGGGAUCAGAACAUUUCGAAGCAGAGGGAGAUCGAAGAUCUGACGGAACAGCUGAAACAACUUCGAACGAGACAGCAAGCUUUAAAGGACAGAAUGGCAAAACAUAAAAUCUAUGAGGACUACCUGAUGAAGACACUAGAGUACUUCCCUCACACUCACUUCGAUAAUGGCUCUGAAUCUACGGUUAUGCCCAUUAUUCAACGCCACGAAACGCUGUCCGUCACCAACCGGGAGCUGCUGCAACGCCUGGGGCACCUGGAGGAGCAGGUGGAGGAGGACCAGCGACGGCUGCACACCAUGAAGCAGGAGCACAGCAUCAAGAAACUGAUGGUGAACAAAGAACUGUCGGAACUCCAGAGCGAGUUAGAAAUGCUCAAGGAGAAGAACAAGCAGGCAGAGGUGAACCUGCUGAUGGUGCAAGGCCUGUCCAGAGAGAAGAUUGAGGAAGUGGGAAGCUUGCUUAUGGCCAUCAACAACCUCGCAGAGCAAUGUUAUCUACCAACAUUUGGACCUCUGGAAAACAUGAACGUACUGACAAUGAUGGACAUGGUGAAGGAGUACAUUCUGGACAAGGCAGACACGGAGAGGAGAGCGAGACGACUGAUGGAGUCCGGGUCCGCGAUGACCAGCAGGACAGCUUUAAUGGACAAAAGAGAGAGGACAUCAAUGAAAAGCAUUAGCGGCAAAACACUAACAAAAAGCUCGAGUAAAGUCAGUAGAAAGAGCGAGACGAUAGGUUGAUGUAGAACGUGUACAAUGUAUUAGCAUGUUUCUAUACUUACAGAAUGUUGUUGAUAACACAUUUAUUAGUCCACCGGUCAUAAAAAGGAAAAAAUAUAGAUUUUUAAGUGUUUAAAAGUAAAAACGUUUUGAUAUUUAUUUGGCAAAUAAAACUGAAUUCACCUUUUUC